GGCAACCCUCUUCGGUUGUUGGUAUUUUUUCCUCUAUAAAGUUAAUAAAUAAAGAAGGGCAGGCGUAGUCCUGCAACGUAAAUCUUAUCAAGAUAAGCCAACGAAGGAGAUUCUACAACUGUAAUGCUUUAAUGCUAAAGUCCAUACUUGGCGCGGACACGAAUGGUUCUGCGGAAGAUCUACCAAGCGGAGGCGUUGGCGUCGGCGUCGCCAGCGGCAGUAGUGGAGGCAGUGCCAGUGGCAGUGGCAGCACCACCAGCACUGGAGCACUUAGCCGAACCAGUUGUGGCCUGCGUUCCAGUUCGAUAUCUAGUGGCUUAAGUGCUGUCUGUGGCCUAGUCUCAAGUGGCAGUGGUGCAAGUGGCAGUGGGAGUGUUGCAAGUGGCAGUGGGAGUGGCAGUGCAAGUGCUAGUGCUAGUGGAGGCAGUACACCAGCAACCGUUUAUUGCCCUGCAUGCGCAGCCAACAGUUCGUCGCAACAUCAGCAGCUGGCAUUCGCGGCUGGUGCUGAGGCAUUGCUAACACGUGACUCCAAAUCGGGCAAGAGACCAAAGGCGCGCAAAAGUGCAUCUUCGGUUGGCUGCCUAGACGCUCAACACAUACGCAACAAUCUGAGAAAGUCCACAUCCAGCUCAAUGCGCAGUACUCGUGGUGGCUCUGGUGCUGCCGCUGCCGCUGGUGCUGUCGCUGCCGGCGCUGGCAGUAGCAGCAGCAGCAGCACUGCCUCGGCUGUCAUUCCAUGUGGAGCUGCAUCCAGCGGAUGCAGCAGCCUGGCCUACGAUGGCAGCAUUAAUGGCAGCUGCACCAGUGUCAAUGGCAAGGUCAAUUCACCCGGCAGCUACAGUUGCAAUGCCCUCAACGUCGACUUCAGCUCCUAUACGGCCACACACCAAUGGACACGCAUGCUGGAGUGUGCCGAAUUCGUUGGCGCCAAGCGAAGCAAACAUACGGUGGUUGCCUAUAAGGAUGCCAUGUUCGUAUUUGGCGGCGAUAAUGGCAAGAACAUGCUCAACGAUCUGAUACGAUUUGGCGUGAAGGACAAGUCUUGGGGAAGGGCUUGUGCCACGGGAACGCCACCAGCACCACGCUAUCAUCAUUCAGCUGUUGUGGCCGGCAGUUCAAUGUUCAUAUUUGGCGGUUACACGGGCGACAUACACUCCAACUCAAAUCUGACCAACAAGAAUGAUUUGUUCGAGUAUAAAUUCCUCAGCGCCAUGUGGGUGGAGUGGAAGUUUUCCGGCAGACAACCUGUGCCACGAUCGGCACAUGGCGCCGCUGUAUACGACAAUAAAAUGUGGAUUUAUGCUGGCUACGAUGGUAAUGCUCGUUUAAAUGAUAUGUGGACAUUGAAUUUAACCGGCGAGAAUCAUCAAUGGGAGGAGGUGGAACAGCGUGGGGAUCGUCCGCCCACCUGUUGCAAUUUCCCAGUUGCCGUUGCUCGAGAUGCCAUGUAUGUGUUCUCUGGCCAGAGUGGACUGCAGAUAACAAAUUCAUUAUUUGAGUUUCACUUCAAGACACGUACUUGGCGUCGCAUUUCCAAUGAGCCGGUGUUGCGUGGUGCCACAUCGGCGCCACCUUCUCGUCGCUAUGGCCAUACAAUGGUUCAUCAUGAUCGCUUUUUGUAUGUCUUUGGCGGAUCGGCAGACUCAACGCUGCCAAAUGAUUUGCAUUAUUACGAUCUGGACUCGCAGGUGUGGUCCAUUAUACAGCCGGAGCAGAAUUCGGAUGUGCCGUCAGGUCGGGUGUUUCAUGCCUCGGCUGUAAUUGGCGAUGCCAUGUACAUCUUUGGUGGCACCGUCGACAACAGUGUUCGUCGCGGCGAUACCUAUCGCUUUCAGUUCUCCAGUUAUCCGAAAUGUACGCUGCGCGAUGAUUUUGGCAAAUUCUUCCACGAGAAGCAAUUCUGUGACAUUCAGUUUAUGGUGGGCGUGGAGGAGAUACGAAUUCUGGCACACAUUGCCUUUGUUGCGGCACGAUCCAAGUAUUUGCGCAACAAGAUUCUUUCGGCACGCGAGGCGCGUCAGCAGCAGAUAGAAAAGGUUUAUGGUGUUGGUCAGGUGGAUGCGCAGGCAUUAAAUACAGGUGUCGGUGCAGAUCGAGCACCCAUGUUGGAGGUGCGACUGGCCCAUGCCUCGCCUGAGGCAUUCGAGAUUAUCCUUAACUACAUCUAUACAGAUCGCAUUGAUUUAAAGGAUUCAUACAGCAAGAACAUAAUUAUACUAAUAACGGACAUCUAUCAAUUGGCGGGACUGUUCACAAUGCCACGCUUGGCGCAGGGUUGCAUACAAUAUCUGGACUAUAAGAUCAACAAGGCGAAUGUUCUCGAGGCCCUCUACAAUGCGGAUAAAAGCAACAUUAAAAUCAUCAAGGAUCAUUGUAUGCAGUUCAUCAUUAAGGAUGAGAACUUUACCGAUGUGGUCAUGUCCAGUGAGUUCAGUGACCUGGAUAAGCCGCUGUUGGUUGAGAUAAUACGCAAACGUUUGCAUCCCAGCAAGCUGGUCAUGGAAACCAGUUUUGAGUCCAAUAUUGGAACCACUUUGGAGAUUGAUUUGUCUACAUUUUUGGAGACAACGGGCAAGGACUUUUGCGAUAUAAGCCUCAUACUGGAGGAUCAUGUGAUACCGGCCCACAAAUCUGUGUUAUCAGCACGUUGUACCUAUUUCCAGGGCAUGUUUCGUUCGUUCAUGCCACCGGAUAAUACCGUUAAUAUACAAAUUGGAGAGAUUUCACCCUCACUGGAGGCAUUUCAUUCGUUGCUACGCUACAUCUAUUAUGGAGAGACUAAGAUGCCACCACAGGAUGCACUAUAUCUAUUUCAGGCGCCUUGUUUCUAUGGACUAUCAAACAAUCGCUUGCAUGCGUUUUGCAAAUAUUCAUUGGAGCAUAAUAUUACUUAUGAGAAUGUAUUGCAGACGCUGGAGGCGUCUGAUAUAACGAAAAUCUACGACAUCAAAGAAUAUGCAUUGAAAUUAAUUGUGAAAGAUUUUGCAAAGGUCGCCAGGCUACCCAAAAUCGGUGGCUUAUCGCGUGAACUGUUGCUGGAGAUAAUAUGCGCUGUGGCCGAUAAGCAAAGCGAGUUUCUGACACGCAUCAAUAUUAAUACCGAUAUCUGAAAACUAGUGCUGCUACAGCCGGCUUUGCAGUUGUUGCUCGCCUGGUUGCAAAUCGGACGUAGCACGUAGAGCCGCAGUAGCGGUUGAUAGCGUAAUAAUUGACUCCUCUAAUCCCUAUACCCCGAAAACCUAAACUUUCCUCGUCAAAAACACAAAUUGCUUUAAAUCAAAUUUAUAAAGUUAUCGUAAAGCGCAGUACACACAUUAAUACACUUACUGUAAUCAUCAAUCCAAAGAAACAAUUAUGAUAGGGACAGUAUCUGAAAGAGACAAAGCGAUAGAAUGCGAUAACACGAAUAUGAGCAAGACAGCAAGAGACAGAAUGUAGGAUAAGACAAUCCAUUAGAUGGUAGUCAGUAAACGAUAAUGGUUAGUCAAUAGUCGUUAAAUGUAAUGGUUAUGGAUGGAUGAUAUAAUUACAUGCAUUCUCUAAGACAUAAUCUAUUCGCUUGGACAUAUACAUUUAUUCUACUUAGGUUUGGAGUGACAAGUGUAAGAUCAUUAGAAAGAUUCGACAUGAAUUUCAAGAAGAUAAUAUCAGAUCGUAGAUC